GUUCCUGCUCGCGAACCGCCCGGGCUUCCCGUUCCAGGGCAACGACCUGUUCCGGGAGACGGGCGACGUGUACGCCCCGCACGUGAUCGAGAACCCCGACUUGGACAGCGAGGUCCAGCUCCUGACGGGGUACGCGCCCGACGUGGAUCCCCCCGUGCUGCGAAGGCUCAGCUCCGCGUUCACGGAGCUCCGGCGGCAGGUGGACGACGGCCUCCUCGCCUACCCCUACAGCACGCGCGAGCUCGUGAACGUGUCGAGACACCUCCAGCGCUUCCCGGAGCAGAGCGUCGGGGACGCGCUGCGCGACAUCCUGGACUUCGACUGCCACGACCG